AUGGUAGCUAAAAGAAUAGUUUUCUUCGUUUCGCUGGCCGUCCCCGCGACUGGGUUCGUCCAUCCUGGCCUCUUGCACACGUCCCAGGACUUGGAAAGAGCUAAGAAUCACGUACUCAACGAUGAUGAGCCAUGGACGACAAACUGGCAACUCUUGCUCAAUAAUACUCAUUCAUCGCCAACAUACGAGCCAAAUCCUCAAACCACUAUUUACCGUGGCUUAGAUGGUACUCAUGCGGAAAAUUAUCGUCGCCUCUAUAACGAUGCACAUGCGGCAUAUCAGCUUGCCAUCCGAUGGCAUAUCCAGGGAGACGAACAAUACGCCAACGCCGCUGUUUCUACCCUAAAUGCUUGGUCAUCUACCAUGGUAGCUAUUGGCGGUAGCAGUGACCGCUUCCUCGCUGCUGGUAUUUACGGCUAUCAGCUUGCUAAUGCAGCAGAGCUUAUGCGUUCAUACAGCGGCUGGAGCGCUUCGGAUCAGAAUCAGAUGAAGGCAUUCCUCCGGGAUGUAUUCUUUGCGGAGAGCUACAGAUUCUUGACCACCCAUAAUGGACAAGACGAGUAUCAUUAUUAUGCAAAUUGGGACUUUUGCAGCAUUGCAAACAACAUGGCAAUCGGUGUAUUUACUGAUAACCAAACAAUGUACGACUAUGGUAAAAACUACUUCCUCGACGGAGACGGACGCGGAGCGAUUAAGAACUUCAUUUAUAAGAACUACACUGAGUCCGGCAGCAAUAAAAUUCUGUCCCAAGGCCAAGAGGCCGGGAGAGACCAGGACCACGCAACUCUGGAUAUUUCUCUACUUGGGGUCAUUAUGCAACAAGGUUACAAUCAAGGAGAUGACCUUUUUGCUACAUUGGGAGGCGCUGGUCUUCAUGCCUCCGAAUAUGUCUCAAAGUACAACGUUGGGUACGACGUCCCGUAUACGUUGUAUGAGAGUUAUGAAGGGAAUCAGACUGUUAUCUCAGCCAAUCGCAGGUAUACUCAUCGACCAGGCUUUGAGCUUGUCUAUGCACACUACAACGAUAUCAAACACGCCAACGCUUCCUGGACCAAGAUGUAUCGCGACCAAACGAAUGGUAAUUCUACCGCAGGGGUGGAAGGCGGAGGUGGUAACUAUGGCCCAAACAGUGGAGGUUUUGAUGUUCUUGGUUACGGGACUCUCCUCUACCGCCUGUCGGCUUAA